AUGUCACGCACCUCCUCCCGCGCCUCAGCUCCACGCAGCUCACGCGCAAGCCCAUCCAAUCCCCUCAAACGCCUCACCAACGAAAUCAACGACCUCCGCAGCUCUCCCAACGAUGCAGUCCUCCACCUCGGCCCAGCCAACGACGACGACCUCUUCCACUGGGAAGCUGUCCUCAAAGGUCCACGCGACCAGUCCUCACCCUACGCUGGCGGCCUCUGGCUCCUCUCCAUAGAAAUCGCAUCAAACUACCCUCUCAGCCCACCAAAAGUCCGCUUCGUCACGGCUAUAUGCCAUCCCAAUGUACAUUUCCAGACGGGUGAGAUUUGUCUGACUCUGUUGACGACGGAGCACUGGGCGCCGAGCUACACUCUGAGCAGUACGAUGAGUGCGAUACAGCAGUUGCUGAGUGAUCCAGGACUGGACAGUCCUUUGAAUGUGGAUAUUGCGAAUUUGUAUAGAGAGGACGAUGCUGUGGGGUGGGAGAGCUUGAUUAGAUUUUGGACGGCAGAGAAGAGGUGGCAGGGAGAAGGGAGUGCUGGUUGGAUCACGCAGAUGGGACCUGGCACGGGUGGUUAUUCUGGGCAGCAGAGUCAGUAUGCAGGAAUCUAG